AUGGAUAAAAAGGACUCUUCAUAAAGGUCGAGCUCUGCUGAUUUAUUUUAAAUCAACAAGAAGCUCAAAUCAUCUGAUAAAAAGCUUAAUUCUUAAAUCAAAAAGACUCAUUUUGUCUAGCAACAAACUGAAAAAUAUGAAAAAAUAAAUCAUUUACUUAAGCAUGAAGAAUAAGGGUAUCUUGAAGCAGAAGGAAUGGAGAAAACUUUAGCCUUCAAACAACAUCAAUUAAAAAAUUUGCUUCCUAUUUAGAAUGCUGAAAAAAUUUUCGAUUUAAAGCUUGACUGGGGAUAGUAUAGCAUAGAUUACACACGUAAUGGUAACCAUCUUUUACUUGGUGGAUCCAAGGGUCAUUUAGCUAUGAUGGAUUGGCACGAAAAAAAGCUUGCUUGCGAAAUUUAAGUAAAAGAAUCUAUCAGAGAUGUUAAAUUCCUUCAUGAUGAAAAAAUGUUUGCAGUAGCUUAAAAGAAGUAUGUUUAUGUUUAUGAUAAUUAAGGUAUUGAAUUGCAUAAGUUGAAAAGCCACCUAGAGCCUAGUCAUUUAGAAUAUUUACCUUAUCACUUUUUGUUGGUUUCCGCUAGCAGACUUGGUUUCUUAAAAUAUCAUGACACAUCUACUGGUUCUAUAGUUGCUGAAUAUAGAAUGAAUGCCAGAGAUCCUGUUUGCAUGAAGUAAAAUCCAUACAAUGCUAUUAUUGGUGUUGGUGAUAAUAGAGGUUGUGUUAAUAUGUAUUCUCCUAAUACAAGUGAACCUUUAGUUAAGAUGUUAUGUCAUAAAGGAAAUGUUAAUUCUCUUGCCUUUGAUAAAAGAGGUUUCUAUAUGGUAACCGCUGGUACAGAUGGUCUUUGGAAGGUUUGGGAUUUAAGAACAUACAAAUUAUUGCAUGAUUACUUUGCUCCUUCAACUGUUUCACAUUUGGAUAUUUCUCAAAGUGGAGUCCUUGCACUUUCUUAUGGAUGUCGUACUUAACUUUGGAAGGACUGGUAACUUGAAAAAUAAAAAUAACCUUACAUGAAGCACGAGUCAUUUGGAUACAACACAAUAACAGACACUUAAUUCGUGCCUUAUGAAGAUUUUCUUGGUAUAGGUAUAGAUGGAGGAUUUUCAAGUAUAGUUGUUCCUGGCUCAGGAGAAGCUAAUUUCGAUGCAUUUGAAUCAAACCCUUAUUAAACUAAAAAGUAAGCUAGAGAAGGUCUUGUUAAGAAAUUACUUGAAAAGAUUCCUAGCACUACAAUUUCUUUGAACCCCAAUAGAAUUGGUACAAUUGAUACUGCAAGUAAAGAAGUUAUAGAAGCAGAAGAAAAGGCUGAAAAGCAAGAAAGAGAAAAGAAUCAAAUUAAGAAAAAGAAAAAUAAAAUGCGUGGCAAAAAUAAAUCUAGCAAAGUAGAAGCAAGAAAGGAAUUCAGCAGACAAGAAGAAAAGAGAGAAAAAGCUAAAGAAGCUGUUGAUAUAAAAAUCAGAGCUAGAAAUGCAGAAAAAGAAAAAAAAUCACAAGAAUUAAAAGUUUUAAAUAAAUUAGAUUCAAUCGACAACUUCGAUCCUAUUUAUGCAUUAAAAAAAUAGAAAAAAUUAAAUUGA